UUUUGGUGCGGUGGUGUGACGUCAUAAUGCUGCGUCGCGCUCCUGCAUCUGUUGAGAUUCGGCUGAAGAAAGAUGGCGUUAAUUAAAGAGGAGAGUCAAGACGUGAAGAUUGAAGAAACGUUCAGAGUGAAACAUGAAGAAACUGAGGAACACACAGACCCGAUGCCACUCAAAGAGGAUAGGGAAGUACUGAAUGAAAUAGAGGAGAGAGAUCAGGAUGAGAAACAUCAUGAUUCGACAACUGGAGAAAAACGGUUUAGUUGUUCACAGACUGAGAAAUAUUCCUCACAAAAAACAAACCAACAAACAGAAACUAUAAGUUAUUUCAUCUGCCCUCAGUGUGGAAAGAGUUUCACUAAAAUAGGAACCCUUAAAGCCCACAUGAACAUUCACACUGGAGAGAAGGCUUUCACCUGCCAACACUGUGGGAAGAGUUUCACUAGAAAGGGAACCCUUAAAGACCACAUGAACAUUCACACUGGAGGGAAGCCGUUCACCUGCCAACACUGUGGGAAGAGUUUCUCUACGAAAAGAAUCCUUAAAGACCACAUGAUGGUUCACAGCAAAGAGAAGCCGUUCACCUGCCCUCAGUGUGGAAACAGUUUCACUCAAAAAGGAAGCUUUAACAGGCACAUGAGAAUUCACACUGGAGAGAAGCCUUACAUCUGCAAACUGUGUGGAAAGAGUUUCACAACAGCACUAAACCUGAGGUAUCACGUGAUCAGUCACACUGGAGAGAAGCCGUUCACAUGUGAUCAGUGUGGAAAGAGUUUCAUAGCUAAAGUAAACCUUAAAAAGCACCUGAGGACUCAUUCAAGAGAAGACCGUUGUAUAUGUCAUCAGUGUGGAAUGAGUUUCACAGAUAUAAAUCAUCUUACGGCGCACACAAUAACUCACACCGGAGAGAAGCCUUUCAUGUGCUAUCACUGUGGAAAGACUUGCUCAAACAAAACAAACCUUGAGGUUCAUAUAAGAGUUCACACUGGAGAGAAGCCUUUCACCUGCCCUCAGUGUGGAAAGAGUUUCAGAUACAAAGGAAACCUUCAAACACAUAUAAGAGUUCACACUGGAGAGAAGCCUUACACAUGUCUUCAGUGUGAAAUAUGUUUCACGUAUAAAAGGGACCUGAAGCGUCAUUUGGAAACUCAUUCUGGAAUUGAGUGUUCUUCAAUCUGGCAAGAAGUUUAGAAAAAGAAGCAAAGUCAUUUAUUUGUGCAUUCACUCUGGAAGUAGGAAAUUAAACUCCACCAUUGAAGAAAAAUGUCCAACUUUCCGUAUUUUUACCUUUUAUACUGUAGGGGGCGCUAUGACGACAUCUGAGCAAGUACUGAAUCUCUGGAUCAAAAACACAGGCGAUGAAGGAGAAACAAGCGAAAGUAAAAUAACACUAUCAACAGCGUAGAAAUUGUCAUGACCUGGCUCUGAAGCCAUGACGAAAAUAGAAGGACGCAGUUUUAAAGGUGCCAUGUGUUAGAAGAAUUGAGGUUAAAA